ACAAGAUCGCGAGCUGAAAGUAUGUCAGAUAGUGUUACGUCCUUGACCUACAUACAUUCGAGGCUCUCCAGGGAUGAAGCUUUGGUUAACUCCCAGCUAACGGUUUCCCAGUGAUGAUUGCAGUUAGAGUGCAUUGACGAUGUCCAUAUCCAGCAGCUCUUCGGGCCCUUCGGCGCGUCGCUCGUCGUUAGCGAUGGACUACUUCCAGGUGUAUUCAGCCUCAUCAGGAUCGCAGUCGAGUAAUCUGCUACAACGACCAAGGCGGCUGUCGUUUCUAAAUGCACCCGAUGUCGCGACGUCGAUCUCAUCGUUAGGAUGGGUAGCAACAUGCUCAUCGAAGCAGAUACGGUUAUACGACGUGAAGGGCGCGAACAGAAGUCGAAUUAUCCAGCCCGAAGCCGUUUUGAAUAUUUCGAUGAUUCUGAAAGAUGAGGAGAUCCGUGGAAUUGCUCUCUCACAGGAUCUGCUCGCAGUGAUCACCCACAAUCGAUUGCUGGUGUAUGACGAGUAUCGCACAAACAACGGCCAUGUGCCCAGCCUCGUGAGAGAAGAGCGGAUUGACCAGGACGGAAACUGGACCCCGAGAUCCGUGUCGAUCUCACAACUUGGACGCCAAUCUUCCGAGGGAGGGGCAACGGCAAGCAUCGCAGUGGGUGGGGAAGGAGUGAGUGCAGUGAAGAUCUUCAGAUACAAGUACAUGCCGGCCUGGAACCUUCAGGGCGACCAUGUAGUCCUGAAGUGUCCUCAAAACAACGGUGCUGUCAAGAUUGUUGGGUUUUCGCCCUGCCGAAGUGAUGCCAUCUAUGGGCCAACGGUGUUCGCUUUGACAACAGGGAAUCACUUGUAUUGCUGGAUUGUCGCUCGGAACGUAGGCCACCAGCAGAGUAUUCGCCCGGAUCCUUGCUGGCACAUUGACUGCAACGCGAGAAGCAAUGAACGUGCGUAUCGCGACGAGAUAACGAGCGCGGCUUUUACCAUCUCUCCAAACGGUCGGCCUUACAUUCUCUGCACCGUCGACCACAAACCACGUUCACACCUCCCAGCGACCUUCCUCGUGGCAAUCGACACUCUUGGCUUUGACCCACACGUUCUUCGUCAACCGAUAAGGCCUAUUCCUGAGAAGGUAGUUGGCUCGAGUGUUGUCGCUGGAGUUUCGAGCUUUAACGGCAGGUUUCUAGUGGUCAUAGAAAGAGACGAGAAUGGAGACAGGAUGAAGCUGUUGACACUUCACGGUGCACCUGGGGGCGGCUUGACGUGUUCUGUUGCCCAAAAUCAAACUUGGGGGGUCGAGCUGCAGAGCAGCAAAACUGGAUCGUCAACGAUCUCAAUCAUGAUACAAGAGCAGGAGGAUGCCCUGGAGAUCAUCGCUGUGGAUGGACGUGGCCAUGUCGUCUAUUCGGGCGUAAGGGUGCUGGGCAUGCCACAAGGCCCGGUCCUGCCCAUUGCAUUACCUAGAAGCUCCAUUGUUUCCGAGCUACCGUUCGACCCGAUCAGAAGGGAAUUAUCGUCGGAAGAAAGUAGCCGCCAUUCUGUCACACCUUCUUAUCGGGGUAUGAACAGCCUCGAAAUUGUUCCUGGCUGACUGACGGAAAUGCCUCGAAUCAUUACCAUACCUACGAUCUUUGAUUGGAUGCGGCAGCUGCACACGCGGCGUAGUGUUGGGGAACUGGGAUUUUGGAGCUCGGAUAAUAGAAACGAGAGGGCGACGCGCUUGUCGCGUACGAAUCGCGUCGCGGACUGGCGCCAGCUGACUAAGCCUGUAUCCGUCAUCUUUAGGUCCGGCACUCACGAUCGACAAUCGUAAC